CAAAUUUAUGCAGUAAUAAUGAAACAUCAUAAGAGAGGGGUGUGGUGCUGCGCUUGUCAUUAAACAGGCUGAACCUGUCAUUAAAUUCUCUUCUGAAGAUUAAAUGCCAAGUGCUUUUUUUCCUUCCUAAUCUUCCUAGCGAGGCAGCCAAGCUGCAGACACAGAGAUGCAGAUCUUUGUGAAGACCCUCACGGGCAAGACCAUCACCCUUGAGGUCGAGCCCAGUGACACCAUUGAGAAUGUCAAUGCCAAAAUUCAAGACAAGGAGGGUAUCCCACCUGACCAGCAGCGUCUGAUAUUUGCUGGCAAACAGCUGGAGGAUGGCUGCACUCUCUCAGACUACAACAUCCAGAAACAGCCCACCCUGCACCUGGUGCUGUGCCUGCGAGGUGGCAUUAUUGAGCCUUCACUCUGCCAGCUUGCCUAGAAAUACAACUGAAACAAGAUGAUCUGCCAUAAGUGCUAUGCUCGCCUGUACCCCUGUGCUGUCAAUUGCCGCAAGAAGAAGUGUGGCCACACCAACAACCUGCGCCCCAAGAAGAAGGUCAAAUAAGGCUCUUCCUUCCUCAGAGGGCAGCCUCCUGCCCAGGCCCCAUGGCCCUGGAGCCUCAAUAAAGUGUCCCUUUCAGUGACUGGAAAAAAAAAUGUAUGAAUAGAACUAGUUGACUGGCCAAGAGAAACAGCGACCUAAACUUGCCCUCAUUUAUGUGCACUUUUGCAUAUGGUUAGGUCUAAGAUAGUAUUUAUAAGUGAGAAGAGAAGGAAAUUCAUAAUCACUUUUGGGGCUUUUUCAAAUUUUUUAUGACACAUCUUCCCACCAGGAGGUUUGAUUUUCUCCAUUUUAUGAGUUGGGAUUUA